AUUCCUCGCUCGCAGUGGCCCUAUUCCAAAAAAAAAAAACACUGUUCGCUCGCCGCCGGCGUCAGGGCAGGGGAACCAGUCACCCCGCAAAGUCGCUCCUCGCUGCGCUGCGACCGCAGGUCCCCGCCGCCACCGCCCGAGGGAAUGGAGCCCUCCACCAUCGCAGCCACCGCCGGAGACGUUGGAGAAAGAGGAGCGCCAGAUCUGCGGCGGCGGAUGGCGGCGCAGCGCGCGGCGCUGGUGCAGCGGAUGGCCGCCGGGCGCGACGCCUCCGCAUCGGCCGCCUUCGGCGCCGCACUUGGCUCCGCACGCUCGGUCGCUGAGCGAGCCCUCUUGCGUCAAGAGGAACUCAGAGGACUUAAGAUUCAGUCCCGGGAGCUGGAAUCUCAACUCGCACAAGCUCUAUCUGUUAAACUGAGAAAGGAAUCAAAACUCAAACUUACUGAGGGGUCAUUUUCAAGUGCUACUGCGAUAAACGAGCAGCUCAAGAACUCACUUAUCGAUCAGAGGAACAAGAGAGACCAAUAUGCUGCAGUCAUAUCAGAUCAGCUUCAGGCUCUUGAAGCUAAGAGUACUGAAGAUGCAACAUGGCAGGAGAACAUAGAAGAAGCUGUUUUGUGGUAUGAUAAGUUUCUUGGCUUCAAGGUUGUUGGAGGAAAAGGUGUGAAGUUUGUCUUCAACAAAAUUGACUCACAAAAUCUGGUGAAGGAAUAUUCAUUUUGCAUAAAUCUUGACAAAGAUAGAUAUAACUUACUUCAAUGCGAUCCACACGUCAAAGAUAUUGAGGAACUGGUGAAGGAUUUGAAUCUCAAUGAUGAUCUAUUCAAGUUUGUAAGAACUGCCAGAGAGAAAUUCCAGACUUCUACCGUGAAUGGGUCUCUUCCGGUAAGCCCAGUUGUUUGUGCAGAUGUUUCCCCUGUGCCAUUUUCAUCUCCAGUAACGAUGUCAGUUGACGCUGGAAGUAAAGAUGUCCCCAAUCAAAGCCACUCUCAAAGUAAGAACAAGAGGCAGUCUCUUCCUGCUAAGAGAAGCGCGACAGCCCUUUCGGCAGCAUCUCCUGCUGCUGCAGGAUCUAGCUUGCGCCGCUCCCCGCGUUUCGUGGGAAUGUGGUCAGCUGUCAGGUGAAGCAGAUCCUGACCUGGAGAAACUGAUUCUUAGGCUUGUGAUAUAAUGGUAGAACCAAGGCUGAUAGUAUGUUGAUUCUACCUCCUUUCCUGAAUCCUGAUGGUGGUUUGCUUCAAUGGGAACACCACCCAUGGCUCGCACAAGUCAGUCUGUAUAGCAGUGACAUCGAUCGUGUGUUGUAUUAUAUGGAACGAAAAUGUUGCAAGGUUGUGAUUGCCUUUGAGCAUCCUGGGUGUGUGUUUUUCUCUUGCUCCUCCAGCUAUCUUACUUGUUUCCUUGCGAUUAAGUUGUGAUUCUAUGGUUUUUUUAUUAGUAUAUCAACCCUCAAAUCUUGGCUCA